CUCCAGGGUGGGACCGUGAUCGGCAGUGCCCGCUGCAAAGCCUUCACCACCCGCGCAGGCCGGCUGCGGGCCGCCCGUAACCUGGUGGAGCACGGUAUCACCAACCUCUGCGUCAUUGGCGGGGACGGCAGUCUGACAGGCGCCGACAUCUUCCGCUCCGAGUGGGGUGGGCUGCUGGAGGAGCUGGUCCAGGACGGGCAGAUCAGUGAGGAGGUGGCACGGGAGAACUGCCGCCUGAACAUCGUGGGGCUGGUGGGCUCCAUCGAUAACGACUUCUGCGGCACUGACAUGACCAUUGGCACUGACUCGGCGCUGCACCGCAUCAUGGAGGUGAUUGACGCCAUCACCACCACGGCGCAGAGCCACCAGCGGACAUUCGUGCUGGAGGUGAUGGGCCGCCACUGCGGGUACCUGGCACUGGUGUCCGGCUUGGCCUCAGGUGCUGACUGGCUGUUCAUCCCUGAAUCCCCUCCGGAAGACGGCUGGGAGGACCUCAUGUGCGAGAGGCUCGGGGAGACACGCAGCAGAGGGUCACGGCUCAACAUCAUCAUCAUUGCUGAGGGCGCCAUCGACCGCAGUGGCAAACCCAUCUCCUCCAACUAUGUGAAGGACCUGGUGGUGCAGCGCUUGGGCUUUGACACGCGGGUCACCGUCCUUGGCCACGUGCAGCGCGGAGGGACCCCAUCAGCCUUUGACCGUGUGCUGAGCAGCAAGAUGGGGAUGGAGGCAGUGAUGGCGCUGCUGGAGGCCACGCCGGACACCCCCGCCUGCGUGGUGAGCCUCUCGGGGAACCAGUCAGUGCGGCUGGCGCUCAUGGAGUGCGUCCAGGUGACAAAGGAUGUGCAGAAAGCCAUGGAUGAGAAGAGAUUUGAGGAGGCCAUCCAGCUCCGCGGGAGGAGCUUUGAGAACAACUGGAACAUCUACAAGCUGUUGGCACACCAGAAGCCAGCGCAGGAGAAGAGCCCCUUCAGCCUGGCCAUCCUGAACGUGGGUGCCCCCGCUGCCGGCAUGAACGCUGCCGUCAGGUCAGCUGUGCGGAUCGGCAUCUGCCAGGGACACACCGUCUACGUGGUGAGCGACGGCUUCGAGGGCUUGUCCAAGGGGCAGAUUCGCGAGGUGGGCUGGCAUGACGUGGCGGGCUGGCUGGGACGUGGCGGGUCCAUGCUGGGCACCAAGCGGACGCUGCCCAAGACCUGCAUGGAAAAGAUUGUGGAGAACGUGCGGAAAUUCAACAUCCAGGGGCUGCUGGUCAUCGGGGGGUUCGAGGCGUACGAGGGGGUGCUGCAGCUGGUGGAGGCCCGUGGGCAGUACGAGGAGCUCUGCAUCAUCAUGUGCGUCAUCCCCGCCACCAUCAGCAACAACGUGCCUGGGACUGACUUCAGCCUGGGCUCGGACACAGCCGUCAACGCAGCCAUGGAGAGUUGUGACCGCAUCAAGCAGUCAGCCUCGGGCACCAAGCGCCGCGUUUUCAUUGUGGAGACGAUGGGGGGCUACUGCGGGUACCUGUCGACCGUCACCGGCAUCGCAGUGGGUGCCGAUGCUGCCUAUGUCUACGAAGAUCCCUUCCCCAUCCACGACCUGAAGGCCAACGUGGAGCACUUGACUGACAAAAUGAAGACAGAUAUCCAGAGAGGGCUGGUGCUACGCAAUGAGAAGUGCCACGAGCACUACACCACCGAGUUCCUCUACAACCUCUACUCCUCCGAGGGCAAAGGCAUCUUUGACUGCAGGAUUAAUGUCCUGGGCCACCUCCAGCAGGGGGGAGCCCCAACCCCCUUUGACCGCAACUACGGGACCAAGCUGGGCGUGAAGGCGGUGCUGUGGAUGUCAGAGAAGCUGCAGGAGGUCUACCGCAAGGGACGCGUGUUUGCCAACUCGGGUGACUCUGCCUGUGUGAUCGGGCUCAGGAAGAAGGUGGUGGCCUUCAGCCCCGUGACAGAGCUCAAGAAAGUCACUGACUUCGAGCACAGGCUGCCCCAGGAGCAGUGGUGGCUGAACCUGCGGCUGAUGCUGAAGAUGCUCGCCAACUACCAGAUCAGCCUGACUGAGUACAUCUCGGGGAAGAUGGAGCACGUCACCCGCCGCACGCUCAGCAUCGAGAAGGGCUUCUAG